UUUUCUUCGCAUGCCCAAAAGAAGACUGGAGAAUGGGAUAACCAACAUUAACAAGAUACAAGUUUAUUAUAGACUAUAGUUGAACAAUAACAUGUAGGUCGUGACGAAAAAAAUCAAUCUGCCUCAACCGCCAGUAGUUUAAUGUGUUCAGUCACUGAGUCGUUUGUGAUAUUCUGCCCUACCGGUUUGUUCCUCUCCAAAGUCCUCCAUCCCUCCAUUUUUUUAAGCGCAACUUCUGAUAACGAGAACUGUCUCUUUAAGUCUCCAGCAUUUACUCGCGCCGGGUCACUUCCUGGUUUUAUUUGCCCAAAGAAAAGCACAACAAACGAGUUACUCGGUAGGAGGAGAAAUUGGAGAUGGCUGAUCUAUCGCUUUAUCUAACAAAUAUCAGCGUUUCCUUGGGACAGAAAAUGGAUGGCGAUAAGAAUGCUGGGAAAGACUUUGAUAGUGUGGAACUAGGGGAGAUUGGAAAGGAGAAGCAGAAGAAGGUGCCACGGCGGAUUAUUCACUUUGCCAGCGGAGACACCAUGGAAGAGUACAGCACGGAUGAAGAACAGGAGCCGGAGAAAAAAGAAAUGCUUCCUGCAGUCGAUCCAUCAAAGCUGACUUGGAGACCAUACCUCUUCUUCCACAUGUGGAGGGCAGCUACUACCACAAUAUCAGUGUGUGACUUUCUUGGAGAAAAAAUGGCCUCACUGUUUGGAAUAAGUACACCUAAAUACCAGUAUGCCAUUGAUGAGUACUACAGGAUGAAGAAGGAGGAUGAAGAAGAGGAGGAGGAGAACCGCAUGUCUGAGGAGGCAGAGCGUAAUUUCCAGGAGCAGCAGAGCCAGGAAAGUCCAGAACCGCACACUGAACAGCCAGAGGGUUCUGCUUCAUUUGUUAAUGUCACUUUCGAGCUAGAAAACGAUCCCUGUGCGACUCCAGAGAAAAGCAGAGUUCCAGCACCCAUUCCCACCUAACAGUACAGCCACUUAAAACAACUGAAUCUAAUCCUUUGCAAAAGUUUUCAGUACUUUUUUUUGCCAUUAACAUCUCUCUCAUGAAAUAUACAAUAUUGCAAAGUUUUUAGAUAGUCUUACCACAUACAUCUUGGAUAUUGCAUUUGUUUUAUAUUCCCAGCGAAAUGUAUACAGUAAGCCUAUGGAGGUUUAGAAAAAAAAACUGACUACCAAGUAUAGUUGGUAGAAUAUAGUGACAGUAGCAUAAAGCCUGAAAUUUAAUUAGAAGAUCUCCAUCUAGUUAUAAUGCUUCUAGAGGGAUGUUUCUCAGCAAUGUUGAAUACAUUGGAGCAUCUUGCUGCUGCAGUGUAUAUGUAUGUGACCAUUUGCAUCAACACAGUUGGUGGUAAAGUGAUUUAACAGGAUCAUUCACUUACGUUUUAACAGAAUAUCUGAUUGCCAUUUACUAAUGUUAAUUUAUACAAGGCAAAUAUAGUAACACACCAGCGCUUGUUGUUUAUGUAAAGGAUACA